GAAAUUUGGUGGACAGAAAGCUUUUAAAGGUAGACAGAAAGGCGCUGGAGAAAAAAAGGACUUAAAACGCAAGAAAGGAAAUGAAAACAGGAAUCGGAAGUGAGAGUGGGCACCUCUUAUAGGACAUCAGCACAAGGGACCAGAGCACAUCGGGGACAAUGAACAACAGCUCAUUCUGCGAUUCUACGUUUCAAACCCAUCUCCUACCCCCCAUGUAUAGUAUUGAAAUGUGUGUGGCUUUGGCAGGAAACGUAUUUGCCCUGUGGCUCCUGGCAACACGAGAGAGGCAGAAUUGGCACACUGGAGUAGUGUUCUCCUGUAACCUGGCCAUCAGUGAUGUGCUUUACAUCUUAACAUUGCCUUUGUUAAUCAUUUACUAUGCCAAGACGAAGCACUGGGUCUUUGGAUGUAUUGCAUGCAAAAUUGAACGCUUCCUCUUCAACUGCAACCUCUAUGUCAGCAUUUUCUUCAUCAUGUGCAUCAGUGUCAACAGAUACCUCGCCAUCAUUCACCCUUUCUUCACCCGGAGCUAUGUACACCCUAAGCAAGCAAAGAUCAUAAGUAUGCUGACGUGGCUCAUCGUGAUAAUUGCUUCAUCGCCGGUCCUCAAAUUUGCAGGAACUUCCCAAAAUCAACAAAACAACACUCAUUGUGUGUCAAACUAUGAUGAAAAGCUGGAAUCGGCCCAUUUUAAGUACAAGAUAUUUGUAAUGGUUGUAGGAUGCAUGGUUCCUUUGGUAGUUACCUUUACAUCUUAUUUGGGUGUGAUUUGGACUGUUUUGAAAAAUAAAAAUAUAACCACUCUGGAGAAGAGGAAAGUAGCUCUGAUGGUUGCUCUGGUCUGCAUCCUUUAUGCCAUUUCAUUUGUACCCUAUCAUGCUCUGCAAACAUAUCAAGUGUAUCUGAGGAUGAUAAAAAUUAAGAAAUGCUGGGUACAUGAUUCCUAUCAAGUGUCAAAAGGGCUGGCCACCCUGAACAUGUGCACACAUCCUCUUCUGUACAUGGCUGUUUUUGAUAGCAUACGGACAGCUUGCUGUGGAAGGAACUCAGAUGACAAACCUUAAUAGCACAUAUCUUGCCAGAAACAUGCAGUGGUUUCCUGGGUGUAGAUUAAGCAUAGGGUUUGUGUUAAAGUUAGAACCCUGUUUUUGCAUUGAUGCAGUGUAGAUACCUUCCUAGAUGUCAUUUUUGUGGUCACAAGUAGGCUAAAUAUUGAAAAACUGUAUAUGGCAGUUACAAUUGUCUAAUGAAAUGAGCUUGAAACAAGCUUAAAGCUGCAAAAAAAAAAUAAAAAAAAAAAAAUAAUAAAGAUAUGCGAGAAAUAAAGUGGGCUUAGUUUUUCCUUUGUUAUCUGAACAUAACAGGUGUUAUGAUGAAAUACAUGCAAUGUGAACUUGGAUGGCAGGUGUUUCAUUAUGUAUGAAUAAGAUGAGCCACCCCUGUACUAGUGAUUUGCAGAGUUUUUAUUAAUGAAAUGACAGAGAACGUAUUAGUGUUGUGUCGAAAUCACACUGUCUACCAGAUUUUGACUCCCCGCUACCCUAUUGGCCAUUAUCCUUAAAGCCCAUCCCUACACCAACCCCUAAACAUAAGGAUACUAGGGAGUCAAAAUUCGGCACUUCACAUUUGUUAACAUUAAUUGACAUCAUUUGUUAACAUGAAAUAACAAUGAACAACACUUUUGCAGCACUUAUUAAUCUUGAUUAAUGUUAAUUUCAACACAUUCUAAUACAUUUUUAAAAUAAAAAAAUCGUAUAUUGACAUUAGUUAAUACACUGAACUGACAUGAACUAACAAUAAACAACUGUAUUUUUAUUAAAGGAAUAGUUCACCCAAAAAUGAAAAUUCUCAUUUGCUCACCCUCAUACCAUCCC